ACAUCUUCUAACAAUAACAUAUACUCCUUCAUACUCGAAACAAAAAUCAUGUCACGAUUUCAUAUCUUAUUAACUUUAGCACUUGCCAUUGCCACUGUUUCAGUGGUUAAAGCUCAAGUCCCUCCGGCGAAACAAUUCAGAGUCGUCAACGAAGGCGAGUUCGGCGAAUACAUCACCGAGUACGACGCCAGUUACCGCUUCAUCGAAUCAUCAAACCAGAGCUUCUUCACGUCACCGUUCCAGCUCUUGUUUUACAAUACUACCCCUAGCGCCUAUGUCUUAGCUCUCCGAGUCGGACUCAGGCGCGACGAGUCUCUCAUGCGCUGGAUCUGGGACGCUAACCGCAACAACCCCGUCGGAGAAAACGCAACGCUCUCGCUAGGUCGCAACGGAAACCUCGUCCUCGCUGAAGCAGACGGACGAGUCAAGUGGCAGACCAACACAGCUAACAAAGGCGUCACAGGGUUCCGAAUCUUGCCCAACGGAAACAUGGUGCUACACGACAAAAACGGCAAAUUCGUCUGGCAGAGCUUCGAUCACCCAACCGACACACUCCUCAACGGCCAGUCCCUAAAAGUCAACGGAGUCAACAAACUCGUCAGCCGAACAUCUGACGUGGACGGCUCAGAUGGUCCGUACAGCAUGGUGCUUGAUACCAAAGGUUUAACCAUGUACGUUAACAAAACCGGUACGCCGUUAGUUUACGGCGGAUGGCCUGAUCACGAUUUCCGCGGCACCGUCACCUUCGCCGUCACGCGAGAGUUCGAUAACUUAACGGAGCCGUCAGCUUACGAGCUUCUCCUCGAACCCGCACCGCAACCCGCUACGAACCCGGGUAAUAACCGCCGGUUACUCCAAGUCAGACCAAUCGGAAGCGGCGGAGGAACUUUAAACUUAAACAAAAUCAAUUACAACGGAACGAUCUCGUAUCUAAGACUCGGAUCUGACGGGAGUCUCAAGGCUUACUCGUAUUUCCCAGCCGCUACGUAUCUCAAAUGGGAAGAGAGUUUCUCGUUCUUCUCCACUUACUUCGUCCGUCAAUGUGGCUUGCCGUCGUUUUGCGGCGAUUACGGUUACUGCGAUCGUGGGAUGUGCGUCGCGUGCCCUACACCCAACGGCUUACUCGGAUGGAGUGACACAUGCGCACCACCUAAAACGACGCAGUUUUGCAGCGGAGGUAAGGGUAAAACCGUCAAUUAUUACAAGAUUGUUGGUGUUGAGCAUUUUACUGGGCCGUAUGUAAAUGACGGACAAGGCCCAACUUCGGUAAAUGAUUGCAAGGCGAAGUGCGAUGGUGAUUGCAAGUGUUUGGGUUACUUUUACAAGGAGAAAGACAAGAAGUGUUUGCUUGCUCCUCUUCUUGGUACGCUCAUCAAAGACAACAACGCUUCUUCUGUUGCUUACAUCAAAUACUAGUGUUUUACCGCUAUAUUUAUUACUGAAUUUUAGUGUGAAAUCUUAGAGAUUUAAAGAAUAAUGGGUGAGCUUGUAAUGAUUCACCGUUUAAUAAUUGUAUCGCCUAUUUAUAUAUAUACUGAAAGCCAUUGGCUUUAUAUAAUCAAAAUACUAUCUGAAGCUUUAAAAAC